CGACGGCCUCGGCAACACGGUGGCGCACGUGGCGGCGAUGGGCGGGCGCGUGGAGGUCCUGCGCUGGCUGCAGGCGCGGGGCGUCGCGCUCGAUGGCGUCGAGGGCGCCGCCGCGCGGGCGGGCCAGGAGGGCGUGCUCGCGUGGCUGCGCGGGGGGCGGAGGCCUGCGCGCCGCAGGAGGCGCAGGCGCAAGCGGGCCGGCAUGGCGGCGGAGUUGUGA